AUGAGCUCUACGGAAAACUUCUUGCGGGUGCCCAGCAAGACCACCCAUAAUGCUUCUGGGAAAGAAAUAGACGAUGAUGAAACGAAACUGAGUUCGAGAGUUACCUUCAGUCAAGAAUCUGUUGGCAUCGAGCAAAGUGAUUCGGGUGAGGUUGAUAAGCUAAAUGGCGACCUAUUCACUGAAUAUCGUGAAGUUCUCGCCAAUGAGGAUAAACGAGAGGGUUGGGAUAACAAGAUGCAAUUCUGCAUGGGUGUGAUCUCUUAUGCUGUUGGACUGGGCAAUGUUUGGCGAUUUCCAUACUUAUGUCAGAAGAAUGGCGGAGGAGCAUUUCUGGUACCGUAUAUUAUUAUGAUGGUGGUCGAAGGAAUGCCGCUGUUCCUUAUUGAAUUGGGAAUUGGACAAAGAUUACAAACCGGUCCUGUAGGCGUUUGGAAUGCAAUCCAUCCUUACCUUGGAGGAGUUGGGGUUUCAGCAGCAAUUGUCUCAUUCCUUGUAGCACUCUAUUACAAUGUCAUUAUCACAUGGUGUAUUUAUUACUUGUUCAAUUCAUUUACAUCAGAGUUGCCUUGGAGCACGUGUCCUGUUGAGAAUGGCACCAUUGUAAGAGAGUGUGCCCUGGCUAAAUCUAAGCCAAGUUUCUUUUGGAAUCGACAAGCGACAGAAACGAGCGAAUCGAUCGGUGAGUUUGAGGGGUUUGUUUACCACGUAACAAUCUCGUUAGUGGUUGCGUGGUUUCUCAUAUAUCUGUGUGUAAUGCGUGGCAUUAAGAGCAGUGGAAAGGUAAUGUACAUAACUGCAACGUUUCCCUAUUUAGUAACAACAAUCUUUCUUAUACGAUCAAUUAUGUUGGAUGGUGCGACACGUGGUCUGAAAUAUAUGCUCACUCCAGAUUUGACUCGGCUCGUGGAUCCAAAUGUAUGGUUGGAAGCGGCCACUCAAGUUUUUUACAGUAUGGGACUUGGAUUCGGCGGUAAAAUCAUAUCGAAUCUCAAUACAAUACCUGAUAAUGAAAUCUUACAGAAAUUUUCGAAUUCUAUCCUUCGGUUGAUAGCGUUUGCGUCAUAUAAUCCAAUGAAGAAUAACUGCAAAAAAGAUUGUGUUGUAUUGUCGUUUUGUAAUUUGCUCACAUCACUCUAUACGGCUCUUGUAGUUUUUUGUGUUUUGGGAUACAUGGGUAACACUAAUUAUCACACUUGUUUGGACAGAGAUAUGGAAAUGAUCCUCGAAUUCUAUCCUGGUCGAUUCGCAAACCUAGGCGAGAUCAAAGGAAAUAUAACGGAUGAUGAAUGGAUUCAAUGGAUGCAAAACAAUUUUCAUAUGACUGAAUUUAGUCGACUUGCGAAUCAUACGCAACAUUGUGAUUUUCAUGAAAUUAUCUCCCAGGCAGCUGAGGGUACGGGUCUUGCGUUCGUCGUGUUCACUGAAGCCAUACUACAGUUUCCGUUUCCACCGGUGUGGGCAGUGAUGUUCUUCUUGAUGCUUCUCAUGCUUGGUCUUGGUUCCAUGUUCGGCACUCUCGAAGGAGUAAUCACAUCGCUUAAUGACAGCAAUCUUAUAACCCUCAAAAAACCUGUCUUCACAGCUGUCCUCUGCUCAGUGGCGUGCGUUGUCGGGCUUGUUUUCACAACGCAUGCUGGACAGGUAGAAAUGUCAUAUUCUUUCAAUGAUCUUAACGAUAGCGUUACUUAUAUUUAUAGUUUCGUACGAGAUCUGGAAUUUAUGACUGAUCAAAGUGUAUCUAAAUUUUGGACUAUUACAUGGCGCUUCAUUUCGCCUGUGUUCAUGUUUGUUCUCUUCUUUGCAUCCCUCGCCCAAUCGUUCAAAAAGUUGCCCACGUAUUUCGCCUAUAACAAAGAGCAAGCUCGUCAAGUAGCAACACCGUAUCCACCAUGGGCACUUUUCAUCGCAUUUUCGAUGGUUGCUUUCGCAAUGGCGCCAGUACCAGUCGUUUGGUUCAUAAGAAAGUUCAAAAUAUGGAAGGUUGAAAUGGAUAUACCAGCGGCACAGAAAUGCCUAGGAUCCACGCCAAGUACAACGUUCAUGCUUAAGUCGCAGCAGUCUUUCAACAGAAUGGCUGAAUCAACAGCUUCUGAACUUCAGUCAAUUGGUGUCACAAAUCUGAGUAGUUAG